UUUGCAGGAUAGAGUAAAGUUAUAUAACGGCAAGAGCAUUAGGAAGCAGAAAUCACAAUUGUUUGUGAUACUUGAUCAAAAUGAGCAUCAUCUGCAAUAUGUGGACUCGCAGGAUCGUCAACGCUAAUCCAGCUGUUGCCUGGAGAAAUGCAAGCAUUAUUCAUAGGAGAUAUGCCCAAGCAUUUUCAAAGGGAGAAAAUGGUAAAUUUACUCAAAUCUCAGGCACAAAGGAAAAUCCGAAAUCGAAAGAUGCUCCCACUAACUUGCAGAAGAGGUCGCACGCUACCUCCAUCAAAGGAGAAACUCAAAUGUUUUCUACUGUAAAAGGGGGCAGGAACCUCCUAAACCCAAACCAGAGACAGGAUCUCCUCCUGUUCAUAACUAGAAAAGAAAGCUGAGACAGGACAUUGGUUCAGGUUGGACUGCCAGCCACCAGGGAGCUUAUAUAUUACCUAGUAAAGAAAAUAGAUAAGGUGUCAUAAACGUAUGUUUUAAGUAUGGUAGUGAACUAUACUUUUCUCGGCCUUUUGGCUAAGAUAAGUAUGAUAGAGAAACUUAUGGAGGCGCUUUUGAUGCUUCCUCCAAAUUAAGCAUGUAACUUUACUAAUAUUUAUUUUUUUAUUAAGAUGAAUGGUUUAUUAAUA